AUGGAGUUUAAGGAGUUACAGGAAGCAAUAGAUCAAGUAGAGCUCGUUGAUGCUCACGCUCACAACAUUGUCUCUCUCGACUCCUCUUUUCCUUUCAUCGGAACUUUCUCCGAGGCCACCGGAGACGCCUUAUCCUUUGCUCCUCACUCUCUCUCCUUCAAGAGGAAUCUGAGGGAGGUUGCUCAACUCUAUGGCACUGAAGCAUCUCUCGAAGCUAUUGAGAAACAUCGUCAAACCUUGGGUUUGCAUUCUUUGACAUCCAAGUGUUUUAGUGAAGCAAGAAUCUCUGCUCUGCUCAUUGAUGAUGGAUUGAAACUGGAGAAGAAGCAUGACGUUGAAUGGCACAGAAACUUUGUUCCAUAUGUUGGUCGAGUACUGCGUAUUGAAACUCUAGCCGAGCAAAUCCUCGAGGAGGAGAGUCCUGAUCAUUCUUCUUGGACUUUGGAUUCUUUCACCAAAGCCUUUCUGGAAAGAUUGGAUUCAUAUCCUUUAAAUCACACUUUUUUUGUAUUUACCUUGACUUUGGACACGCUUGUUCCAGAGAUUGUUGCUUUAAAAACGGUUGCUGCUUAUCGUAGCGGUUUGGAUUUUGAUACUCAUGUGAGCAAACAAGUUGCUGAGAGUGGCCUUGUUGAAGUUUUGAAAGCUGGAAAGCCUGUCCGUAUUGAAAACAAAGGAUUGAUUGAUUACAUCCUUACUCGUAGUUUGGAAGUAGCUGAACAUUGUGACUUGCCCUUGCAAAUUCACACAGGUUUUGGUGACAGGGAUUUGGAUUUGAGGUUAUCAAAUCCUCUUCACCUUAGAAACCUUCUUGAGGACAAAAGAUUUGCAAAGUGUCGUAUAGUUCUUCUUCAUGCAUCUUAUCCAUUCUCAAAGGAAGCAUCAUAUCUAUCUUCAGUUUAUCCUCAGGUAUUCCUUGAUUUCGGUUUGGCGGUUCCAAAGCUUAGUGUCCAUGGUAUGGUAUCUUCUGUCAAGGAACUUCUAGACUUAGCCCCAACAAAGAAGGUGAUGUUCAGUAGUGAUGGCUAUGCAUCUCCUGAGACCUACUAUUUGGGUGCAAAGAAAGCACGAGAGGUCAUAUUCUUAGUACUGCGUGACGCUUGUGUCAGUGGUGAUCUCUCACUCAUGGAAGCUAUUGAUGCAGCCAAAGACAUUUUCUCAAGGAACGCAAAUGCGUUUUAUAAGCUAGAUGUAGACACAAGUUCUUCUACUCCACAAAGUAUAUCAUCUCUCAACCCAAAGAUGGAGGAGCCUGAUGUUCAAGAAGAUGGUAGUUCUUUUGUGCGCGUUAUUUGGGUUGAUACAUCUGGACAACAGAGAUGCCGUGUGGGUGUUUCUCACUUAACCUUUAUUCCUCUUAAUAGUCACAGAACCUUGACAAGUGUUCUGUUUGUUGUACAGGUUGUUCAAGCGCAGCGUUUUAACAGAAGUGUGAAGAAGAAUGGUAUUGGUUUGACUCAUGCAUCAAUGGGGAUGACUUCAUUUUAUGAUGGACCAGCAGAAGAGUCUAAAUUGACGGGUGUGGGUGAGAUUAGAUUGGUUCCAGAUUUAUCAACCAAGCGGACCAUACCAUGGACAAAGCAAGAGAGCAUGGUUUUAGCUGACAUGCUCCUGAAGCCUGGUGAAGCAUGGGAAUACUGUCCAAGAGAGACCUUAAGAAGAGUCUCAAAAGUUCUUAAAGAUGAUUUUGAUUUGGUAAUGAACGCUGGUUUUGAGAAUGAGUUUUAUCUCCUCAAGAAUGUUGUGCGGGAAGGGAAAGAAGAUUAUGUGCCUUUUGAAGUUGGUCCUUACUGUUCUACAUCCUCAUACGAUGCUGCAUCUCCGAUCUUCCAUGAAAUUAUACCAGCUCUUGAGUCCUUGAACAUCGCAGUUGAACAGUUUCAUGCUGAAUCUGGAAAAGGGCAGUUUGAAGUAUCUCUAGGUCACACCAUUGCAUCCCAUGCUGCCGACAACUUGGUUUACACACGUGAAGUUAUAAGAUCGGUCGCUAGGAAACAUGGGUUGCUCGCAACCUUUGUUCCAAAGUAUGAUUUAUGUGAUAUUGGUUCUGGAUCACAUGUGCAUAUAAGUCUUUGGAAAAACGGUGAAAAUGUCUUCCCAGCAUCAUCUGCUCAUGGAAUGUCUUCCAUUGGAGAAGAGUUCAUGGCUGGUGUUUUGUUUCACCUUCCUUCAAUCUUUGCAGUUCUGGCUCCACUUCCAAACAGCUAUGACCGAAUCCAACCUAAUACAUUUAGUGGAGCAUACCAAUGCUGGGGGAAGGAGAACCGUGAAGCGGCUAUAAGAACGGCUUCCCCACCAGGAGCUCCUGAUGGUUUAGUUACUAACUUUGAGAUAAAAGCUUGUGAUGGCUCUACAAAUCCUCACCUUAGUUUGGCCAUUAUUAUGGCUGCCGGAAUUGAUGGUCUCGGGCGACACCUUCAUCUUCCUAAUCCUAUUGAUACAAACCCGGCAGAUGUGGCUUCUACAUUGAAAAGACUUCCUAAAACCCUCUCAGAAUCUGUUGAAGCUCUGGAGAAAGAUAAAGUCCUCCACGAAUUACUAGGACAAAAUCUUGUAGUUGCCAUAACAGGAGUUCGCAAGGCUGAGGUCCAGUAUUAUUCGAAAAACCUGGAUGCAUGUAAGCAACUUAUUUACCGAUACUAGUUGUUGGCUCUCUUGAGCAAUGUGAUGGUGAUUGCUCGAUCAUUUGCUUUUUUAUUCGUUGUUGAGUUUAUUAUAUCAGUGAACGAUAAUGGAUCCAUGGCCGGAACUGGAUUCCAAAAUGAUAAAUGUC